ACUACAGUAACUCUACCGUGCAAAAGCCAAGCCACGUGGUCGACAAGUCAAGUAGCAAUGGCAGAUCCACAUUCAUUCAAGAAGCUUUCACUGAAGAGGUUCCCUAAAGUAGACAAGAGGGAGAACAGAGAGGAUAACUUCUGGAAGAGAUUUCAAUAUCCAUUGGUAGCCAAGGAGAUCUCAGCCGUCUCUCAUAUUCAUUUUUCACCUGUGGCUCCUCAUGAUUUUGCCAUUACUAGCGGAUCAAGAGUACAAGUGUACAGUGGUCCCAGCAACCAGGUCAAGAAAACUAUCUCACGCUUCAACGAGGCAGCUUUCUCCGCGUGCUUCAGGCAAGAUGGGAAAUUAUUGGCAGCUGGCACUGAAGAGGGAGUUGUCAAGGUGUUUGAGAUGAACAGUCGAGCGAUACUGAGACAUUUCAAAGGUCAUAACAAGCCCACAAAGAGUGUUUGCUUCUCAGUAGACGGCCAUAAGUUGAUCUCAGGAUCAGAUGAUGCCACUGUACGUGUGUGGGACCUCACCACGGAGCAGUGCCUUGUCACCCUCAGGGGCCACGAAGACUAUGUUCACAGUCUUGCCCCUCACCCUUCAACUACUGACCUCCUUCUCUCCUCCUCGUAUGACCACACCCUCUUCCUGUGGGACCUCCGUACUCCGUCCACUCCAGUCCUAGAGUUGGACCAUGGCGCACCAGUGGAGGGGGUACUGCUGUUUCCCUCGGGGGGCACGUGUGUGUCAGCAGGGGAUAAUUACAUCAAAGUGUGGGACAUUCUGAGUGGGGGGAGACUCCUAGCCUUGUUCUCCAAUCAUCAGAAGACCAUCACGUCCAUUUGCUUUGAUGGUACGGGACAGAGAUUGCUCUCCGGUGGAUUAGACAAGCAGUUGAAGGUGUACAGUGUGGAAGACUAUCGCGUGGUGCAGAGCAUCAGUUACCCUGCCCCUAUUCUCAGUAUAGGCAUGUCGCCUUCUGAUAGUCACCUUGUGGUUGGCAUGACGACUCGGCUUCUCUCUAUCAAGCAUGCUCGUCCCAAGUCACACCAGUCAGGUCAACCCACCCCCGCACUCAAGGGGGGCACCUAUCGAUAUUUUGUCAGAGGGCGCAGCUACAAGCCUACUCCAGAAGAGUAUGUGGUAGCUGCUCCUAAGAGGAAGAAACUACAGCCUUACGACAAGUUCCUCAAGAAGUUCCAGUACAAGAACGCUCUGGAUGCUGUACUGAAGCAUCGUGGACAAGGCAAGACAGUGAUGGUGUACAGUCUGCUUCAAGAGCUAGUACGGAGAGACGGACUUACUAUAGCUCUCUCUGGAAGGAAUGAAGAAGAGUUGUACUCUAUUCUCAAGUAUCUGUCCCGUCACAUGACCAAGCCUCGCUUCAUUCCUCUCCUACUAGACGUGGGGAACAUGCUCAUAGACAUAUACUGUGGCAUGCUGUCUCAUUCUAAGACUGUCCUCGCUCUGUUCCAUGUCAUAAAGGUCAAAGUUGAUCGAGAGGUGGAAUUUCAAAAACAAGCGUUUCAACUUUUGGGGACACUGGACACCAUCCUCACUGCUACCAUGGCAACCCAUCGGCAACAAACUGCUGCAGCUAGUCUAGUACCACUAACUAACCCAACCAUUGAAGUAUCAUGCUGAAUUUAACAAUUAAUAAUCAUUAAUAAUUAUGGUGAACUCAUAAUUUUGAGCUCAUGUGACUCCA